GAAUUCGCAAAUUUAUCGGUGAUGUAUAAAAUAAAAAGUUUUAUCUGUGUUAAAUUUUAAUGUUUGAUGAAUCUCAUUAUGAUUCAAUCAUAAGAAUAUUUUCAUAUCAUCUAAUAGCUUUAUCAUUAUGAAAUCUAACCCAAAUCAUAUGAUUUUCAUUUCGGGCACUUCAACAUGGACAUUUUUCAUUCUUCUGUGUACUUUACUAGGAAUACAUUGUGCACCUGAAGACCAGAAAAUGGAUAAUAUUUCAGGACCUGGUUUGAAAGUUUCAAAUAUCACAGAAAAUAAAAUUCAUGUGGAAUGGACACCUAUUCUUUAUCCUAAUGCUUUCAUUGAAAAAUAUCAGGUGUCUGCUUAUCCUAUUAGAUCACAUAGUAAAAUGGAUUUAUUAAAUCGCAACGAAUGGACAUUUUAUAAUACCACUUUUCGAUCUGAUCUGGUUGGAUUGCAUCCCGGAACCUUAUACAAUGUUAGUGUAUGGGCCAUUUCCAGCAAAGGUCACACAGAACCAACUACUCGUAAUGUUUGGACUGAAAUUGGAGACCCUGAGGAGCCUCCUUCAGUUGACAUUUUAGAACGGAAUGGAGAAACCAUGACUGUGAACUUGCCUUCUGGUUUUAGUGACAAAGGGCCUAUAACGAAUUAUUAUGUUGUUCCUGUGGAAAAAAGCGCUAUUGUAUUUUUCAAUUCUGAAGAAGUUAGUAACUAUUCCAUGUCUCAGGAAACAGGUCUUCCAUUUUAUAUUACCGCUAGCCUUAGUCCAGAAGAAGCUAACAGGACUUUCGUAAUUGGUGAUCGAAAGACAUAUGGGGGAUACUACAAUGCUCCAUUGUCUGAAAAGAGGGACUAUGAAGUUUUGGUUGGGGUUGUGAGUUCUCUGAAUGGAGUGACGAAAGUUUCAUACUCACCUCUCCAGUCUACUUUAGAAAGCCGAAUGUCAAAUGAUGUUUCAAGAGCUCAAACAAGUUCAGCGUUGUCCGUGAUUCUAUCGGCUGCCAUUGGAGUAUUUGGGUUCCUUUUGGUUUUAUCAGUUAUUAUUUAUUUCCUUCUGAGGAAGCGUUAUGGCAAAAGAAGACCUUCAGAUGAAAUGGUUUUAAGGGUUCAUGGAUCAGAAGGGGAUGAGAAUGGCUUUAUCCCUGGAAUGUUGCAAAUCAGUGAAGAUGCUGAUUUAAAUGAAGUCUAUGAAAAUAUCCGUGAAAAAUAUUGGCAAAUCCCCAAACAUCAGAUGGAUAUCCAUCAAACAGUUCUAGGCAUUGGCCAAUUUGGUGAAGUUAGGGAAGGAGCUGUGAGAAGGCGGUCAGAUACUGUAUCUUGUAUCAUCCAGAGUAUGCCAGCUCCUGCUUCUCUUGUUGAAAAGGAAAAAAGAAGCUUACUCUGUGAAUUAGACAUGAUGUGUAGAAUUGGUUGUCAUACUAAUAUCACAGAGUUCAUUGGUGCCUAUGAUGAGAGAGAUGUGUUGCAAGUUGCCAUUGAGCAUCAUCCAUCAUCCUUGAGAGGUCUGCUACUUCGUAGUAGGCAGCCAUCUGGAGGCAAAAUCAGCAGUCUUUCUGAACCACUGCUACUGGAGUUGGCUGCUGGAAUAGCCCAGGGAAUGGCUCAUUUGUCCGAUAGAGGGAUUUUGCAUCGCCAUCUUUCGGCAAGGAAUGUUGUUAUUGCUGAAGGUUCUAUACCAAAAGUGGCUCAUUUUGGCUUAGGGUACUACAAUCCAUUAGGAAAAAAACUUUCAUACACAAGAUGGACUGCUCCUGAAGUUUUGAACUUAAAUACAUUUACAAGCAAAAGUGAUGUGUGGUCAUUUGGGGUCCUGUUUUGGGAAAUACUGACGUUUGGUGGAUCGCCAUAUGUUAAUCUUCCAGCCCAAAAUAUUUUAUCUCGUUUGAUGCAAGGCAUGCGAUUGCCUCAGCCUAAGGGUGUAAGCGAUGACUUAUAUCAACUUAUUCUUCAUUGCUGGGAAUUAGAUUCAGAUGAAAGACCAAAAUUUAUGGAAUUGGCUGCCACUCUGCAGAAUAUGAUUCUGAAUGCCAAGGAUCACAUCAAUUUCCAAAGCUGUGUCAAUUAUCAGCAUGAAAAAUUUGACCCGAGUGCCGAAGACCAGUGAAACAAUUUUUCUACAUUCCAACAGUAUUGAAAAUAUUUUUUUAAUGUUGUGAACUUUUAUAAAGCACUUGUGUUGUAGAAUAGAAGCGACAAAGCAAUCUCUCUAUUCCAAAGAAGAAUGUGCCUAAUUUUAUUUUUCUCUUAUUUUAUGUGUUUUUAAUCAAAAAUGUAGUGUUAAAAAGCAGCUGAGCUGUUACUGUUCUUACUGUAGUGAUAUAUUUCAUUGAGUCCUUAGAUUUCAUUGGAUUGUUCUUAAGCUUUUUAGAUAUUUAUAUAUUUGUACUUUUUUACAUUUUUCUCUAUUGCCUUCUUGUUGAUGAUUUACAAUUGAUAUGAAUAUUACGUUGUUUGCUUAUAAAGUGCUCAUAAACAUCGUAAAAGAGAGGAGAAAAAUGUAGUUUCUCAAAGCUAAUUUUGAAAUGCAAUAAUUACUGUGCUCAAAAGCUAUCUUUGUAUCAAAUUUAAUGUCAUUUUAAGCAAUUUAAAAAGUACAAAGAUGGCAGGUAAAGUACCACAUUAUUUUAUGCAAAAAUUAAACUUUGCUAAUGUUUAAUCUACUCAAAUAGUGAUUUUCUUCUCCAUUUUCCUUAAAAAAAAUAAAAUAAAAGAGCUUAUCAUAAAAUCCGCUUUGAGACGAAGAUUCUCUGCUUGUUGUGUAGUGAGGAGUCCAACAAGGAUGUGGCAGAAAAUCAAUUUCGGAAAAUGUUCCUUUACACCCUCCUCACCCCCUAAAAGGGACAAAAUAUUUUAUUUUAUAACUUCCCAAAAUGCCAUAGUUUGCGUCCUCACCUCAAAAUUAUCUGACAGUAUACUUUUUAAAUUUCGUGGGAAUUUCACUAUCCAACGGAAAUUAUGCAAUUGCAAUAUAUUAAGAAGCAUUUGUAUUAUAUUAAGAAGAAAUGAAUCCAAAGCAAAAUAAACCUACUUUCCCAUAUAUUAACAUUAUGUACUAGCAGUUGUAUGUUCCUUCCUAUGUUCUAAAUUAUGUCUUAUGUUUUGAAAAGUAUUUUUUAUACAAAAAAAUCUCAAAUUUGUUCUUUCUAACUGCUAGGCAUCAUAUUUUAAUAAAUUAAUUUUUUGUUAAGUUUUGCUUGAUAAGUAAAAUUGGGAGAAGGGGGUUCCGGUAAAACUCCUUAGUAUGCAUGACUUUUAAAGCUCAAGAAAAGUUAAGGGUUUUAUUUAUUUUUUAUAAAAGUUUUAAUGUUUUGUUAAAUAUGUCAACUACUGGUUAAAUUAACAAGUUAAAAAAGUGAAGUUGAAACCUAAACACAUUUAUUUCUGUAGAGUAUAUUCAUUCGUACAAAAACCAAAUGUGAAAGAACAGUAUUGUGGGGCAGACAAAACUGCAAAAUAAAUUGCAUUAACCCCUUUAUUAAAGCAAAAAGUUGCAAAUUUUGGAAUCUAUGGCUUUGUUCCAAUUAUUUUAAUUUCAUUACUGCUUUAAUGACUUUCUCUAAAAAUUGUGACACAGCCUGAAAAAUGGAAACAGAUGUCCAUUGUACAAUUCCUCCUUCUAAUUCAAAGCAAUUUUUUAAUUUUCAUGAGCAAGUAACAUGAGAAAAAUAUAGAACACACUUGUUAUGUCAAUUUUUAUUUUGUUAAAUACGUGAAUGUAUCAAGAGUACCAUUUUUCAAUCAAUUGUUAGUUUUUAACUUGGAAAAGUAGAGGGACAAGCCCCCUUUAUGUUUGAAAGUGAGAGGACAGUUGCCCCACUUGCCUACCCAUACGAGUCACCUAUAUGCAAAACUUUUGCAUUGAUGAAGGGCUUCCUUCUAUUCCCAAGGCACCUGCAAAGAAUUUUGCAAUUUUGUGUGUCAAAAUACUGUUCUUUCAUGAUUACAUUUGAUAUUUAAAAUAUAUAGUAUACAUCUAUAAAAAUAACAUGUACUUAAUAUUUCUUACAAGAAAUAAUGUUCAAAUAAAUUAAUUUCUUCUAAAUUGAGCUAAGAUAAAUCUCUCUUAGAAUUUAUAAACAAUGCUUUCAUGAUUAUUAUUGCAAUAUUAAGAUAGUCAUUUUAUCUUAUAAAAAAGAAAUUUUUCACACAAUUUUUCCUACUCUAAUUUGUAGCGUUUUCUUUUAUUUUUUGAUAAAAUUCCAAUUACUAUAGAAAACAACCCUAAGAUUCAUUUAAGUUUUAUUGUUUGUUUGUAGAUAAAUAUAAACGUUUUUUUGCAUUGUUACAGCAAAAGUUGUAUUUCUAUUUCAUUGGUGAAAUGUGGUAAUUAGCAAAUAUUGAAUUGUUCAAAUCUCAAUUCCAGCAAUGUUUUUACAUAACUUUGCAUUUUCCAGCUGAAACAUUCUCCCCAACAUGCUGCUAUCUUACAUGAAACCUCAGGAUUACUGUGUGUUGCAGUAUCAAAAACUGUUGUAAACAGAUUAACAAAUAUUGAACAAAAUACAAAAAUUGCUGAUGGAGGGCAGGUUUAUGAACAGCAAAUAGUGGUUCUCCCUCAUAAAAGUUUUUAUAUCAUGGCUCUCAUAAGCUUCUUUUUUUUUAAAUGUUUCUUAGGACCCCUUAAAACCUAUUGACCAACUUUUAAGUAGGAAAUAUUGUGUACUAAUUAAAUUUAAAUGCCGGCCUGUAAUAUAUUUAAUAUUUUAAGCCAACAAAAUACUAAAUCCUGAAUGUAAUGUUACCAAAUGCUAUAAUAAUGAGAAAUAACAUUUAGAAUAGUUGUCAUAAUGAUUACAAGAGGAGAAUCUAAUGUCAUGUUGAGCUUAUACAAAUUUAUUUUCUUUUCGCCCAUUAAAGGAAUGUUAAUCCCAGCUCCUUCCCUUUUGAUUGAUUACACUACAGAACAUCACAUUACGAUGCCGUGAGAGAGGGGAGAAAGAUGGUCUCUAUGAGGUCCCAACUGAAAUCUGCCUCUGCAAAUGUAAAUGCAAAAAGUGAUUGUACAGUCAAACCCCGUUAACACGAACUUGCUUAACGUGAAAUAAAUGCCAUUCCCCGUCAGAUAAAGCUGAAACUUAGUGUUAAAUCAAUCACUUAACAUGAAGAAGAUUUAGAUGAAAUAUUGCAUAAGACGAAGAAAAUUUUAAGGUCUUGAAGAAAAAAGGAGAAAAAAAAAAUCCCAAUACUUUUACGUGAAAUUACUUUUGAAACUCGAAAAAUCUGCACUUGAAAGCAAGCGACAUGGAUUGCAGCAAGAAAAUUCCUCUCCUUGUGUAGGAAAAUCGGGGAAAACCUUGUUGCUUCAAGGAAGUGUGAACUUUAGCUGCAGACUAUGCUUACAGUAAAAAAUUUGGAUGAACUGUGAGAUCUUCACCAAGUGGCUGACAAAACUAGAUUUAAAUUUCAUCGUGAAAAAAAAUUGUCUAAUUCUGGACACCUGUUCUACCCAUGUAGAGGUUUAAGGGCGAUAAAGUUUUUUUACCUGUCAACUCUGCAGCGAAAAUCCAGUCUUGCAAUCAAGGAAAAAAUCAGAUGUUUGAAACUGCACUGUCGUAGAGAAAUUGUCUGAAUAGCCAUUGCCUGUUUUGAAUUACUUGUGUUUCUUACUUAAACUAUAAAUUGUAAUAUUGGGUGUACAUUUUUGUGCAAAGGUACUUCGGUUCCUAU